UCGCCGUACCAUCUUUUCUUUCAGCUAGCGGGCUGUCCCUUGAUGCAUUCGCCUCAUCCAUGCCUAGAAAGACGCGUCGAAGCCCGCCGCAGGGACACAGGUGGGCAGGCACGGCGGUGGAAACAAAGGGCAUUGUCUGUUGAAUGGUCUUCAUGGCCAUUUUCCACUCGUCUUUAUUAGUGUCAGGGCAGCCGGAAGCUUGGACGAAAACACGAGUGCCUUGAGAUAGGGAGCUCCUUGCUUGUGGGUGAGCUUCUCGGCUUCAUGCGACGCAUGUUUACAUGGUGGAGCUUGCCAGCGGGCUCUCCCUUCUUUGUGUUAUUUCCUUUCCGCUCAGAAAUUUCUUGCACUUUUAUUCUGGGGUCUCGAUUGUGUUCUAUUCCUAUGACCAGAUUUCAUCUUACUGUUUGGCUCAAGGUAGAUGCUUUGAUGAUACCGAGUGUGCUGGGUAUUUGGCUGGUGGGUUUUUACAAAUAACCACGGAGUUGACUACCAAUCAGUCUGAUCAUCGUGGCGACACUUGUCAUGUGACUAAUGUAAGACCUCUUCAUUCUGGCAUCGUCACUAAGGUACGUCUGCUGGGUAGAGUUUGGCAUUUCGGAGCAUACCAGCCAACGGUUUACUUGGUAACAAGGUGUAGAGAAGUCGCCGUUGCUCUGCUCUGCUCUGCUCUGCUAUGCGCGUCUGCGUGCCUGUGCAUUGG